UCAACUUCGAACGAAUCUUAUUAUCAACUUCAAACCAACGCAACGCAAGAGCCGAGGCAGUGGGGACUCAAAACCAACGCAACGCAAGAGCCAAGGCAGUGGGGACUCAAAUCACUUUCCAUUUUUUAUUAGGCGAAGGGCGAGACCUUCGAAGCAAAAGCAAGAAAGAAUCUUGUUCGUUUGGUGAAGGAAGUGAAGAAGUAUGGGAGGGUUUCUCUCAAGCUUUCUCGGAGGACCAGGAGGAGAAGUAUCCUCAGACGACGCAGCCGCUUCCUCGUCGGUCAUCUCCUUUCACUCCACCGCCAGAUGGCAGCUCCACUUCAAUUCCUCCCAGGAAUCCUCUAAGCUCACGGUGAUCGAUUUCUCGGCGACGUGGUGCGGUCCCUGCAAAUUCAUGGAGCCGAUCUAUAACGACAUGGCCGCCAGGUUCUCCGACGUUGACUUCGUCAAGAUCGAUGUCGACGAGUUGUCCGAUGUUGCACAGGAAUUCGGGGUUCAGGCGAUGCCGACGUUCGUGUUGACGAAGAAAGGGAAGGAAGUGGACAGGGUUGUGGGAGCCAAGAAGGACGAGCUCGAGAGGAAGGUCCAGAAACAUCGCUCUUGAAUGAAUCAAUGGCAGCUCUUAACGCUGCUUCUGUUCGAUUCUCACUUUAUAUAUAGUUUAAUUUAAAAAUGCUUCCUUCCUUCCUUCCUUACCUCGGGUUGGAUUGGAUUCCAGUUUCGUGUCGAUUUAGAUCAUUAUGAUGGUGAUAAUUAUUGUGUUGGAUUGAAUUCUCAAUUCUGGUGAUAAUUCCAUGACUGAUGUUGAUGAUUAGCUAAUUUCUAGGGAAGAUUCAGAGUAGUUGUGUCGUUCUUUUUGCUUACACGGCACUUCAUUUUUCAGCUUGAUCGGUCAACCCCUUUUAGGUUGUUGUCGUUUUUUCUUGGAAGCUGACGUUUCUGAAUAUGAUGUCGUUUUACCUAGUUAUCGUCGUUUUGUUAGAAUAUUGUCGUCUUAUGAUAAUUAUUUUUAAGAUUAA